UUUAUCUAGCAUGUAUUUACAACUGCAUAGUUACCGACAAUGUAAAUAUUUCGAAACCUUGGGUGUUUCAGUGUUGAUGCUGCUGCUUGGUUGCCAUGGUGAACCUUUGAUGCGCGCCGACUUUGUGCUGGAGAUAGGUGUGAAGCAGCAGGCCUGUGGAGUCAGGAGCUCUUCAGCGUCUCUAGGUGCUCUCGCGGGUUUUAACUGCAAUGAUCGUUACUAUGAUGUGGCAGGCACUCUGCGAGACGUCCUACGGUUCCAGUCGUCGGCAUGCCAGGAGGAGGGGCUGUUCCAUCAGCAGCGCCGCACCAACUGCACUGCCCAGUCCUUGCGCCAUCUGAAGCUCUUCCUUCACUACACCAGCGACCUGCGCUACGUGCUCCCCACCUACGUCGACAGCAUCUACGGCGCAGGCAUCGUGCUGCUGCAGCAGCGGCUGACGGACCUGCUGCAAGGCUUCUGCCGCUUCUGCCACCGCGUGGCGCAGGAGGAAGGUCAGGAGGGCAGCGCGUGCAGACUGCCGGUCCUUCACGUCUACGCACUGGGCGACAACCGCGGCUACCAACGGCGGUCCUGGGAGGAGGUCAACAAUGCGGGGGACACUCCAGGCUGCAUCUGUUCCUCUCAACAGGCUUUCGGCCCCUUGCAGAUGACCCCACUGCUAGGACCACACCUGGGGUCGCAAACGUACACUGAAGACGCUUUCUCCGAAGUGCUGGGCUCUCUCACCUGCAGCCUGACCCAGUUUUUGGAGCAGGUGCGACUUGGGGAGGACUGCUGAGAACCUGGCUUUCCCGGUGAUGACCAUGACCUGAUGUUGACCUCUGGAAGAUGCUGCUAAGCAGUGUCAAGGACGAGCUGUUUCAGUUUAAUAAUGGUGUCAGGCAGCAGACGGAUACUCGAUGUUCCUGCCUGGCAGCAGCCGUGAUGAAGUUUUUUUACACUUCACCACCUCGUGUGGAACUGUUAAUCAUAAUUUUUCUCCCCCGUCUACAACUGUGAACCUUACAAUCAGACUUUGCUGAGCGAGACUGCCGUACACAAGAACGAACAGGACUGUCUGAGUCCCAACAUGAUGAGGUACAGUAGUCUGUUAUUGUGUGUUGUGAAGAUGUUAUUGUUUUAACAAAGGUGUCUAGUGCCGCUGAGUUCCAGCGAAACCAGGCAGAUCUUCUAUGUCCAGAGAAAAAUGUUUCUGACCAAGUAGAAACUCAUGUCUACUUAGCAGUCAUUGUAAGGGAAAGAUGGUGUGUACACGGAGAAAUCUUUGGAAAAUAAAAUCAGACAAGUUGUAACGGAUUGCAGCAGUUUUGUAAGGUUUUUGUGCAAUCGUCUAGGUGCCAAAAUGCUCAAGUGACAAUCAUAUCUCCUACAGGAGCUGAUCUCACGUUGUAUUAAUAUUAUUUCCAUUUUUUGGUCUUAGCUUUGAUAUACUCUAACUUCCCAAACACAUGUGGGAAAGCUAUUGUCUCAAGACAUGGUAGCUACAGAGACUUUUAGUGAAGCAAGCUAUCAAAGUUUGCAAUUUUAGAACAGGCAAUUUCUUGUCUCGGGUUGACAACUAUGUUGGGCAGCCUGCAAUGUUGUAUAUGCUGAGAAAUAUCAAGUUUAAAGCUAAUGUCACAACAACCAACUAGUCAGAAAGCUAAAUAGCUAAAGUAGCCAACCAGACCCGACUUCUGUAUCAUGUUGUGUACGUAUAUCGCAUCAUAUUCUGGGUCUAUUAGUUUAUGAAUCUGUCAGAGUUCGAGCUGCCGAUGAUCUUGUUGAUGAUGAUAAUGAAAAAAACUAAUGAUUAUAAUGAAGAUAAUUAUGACGAUGACAAAGGAAGAACGUAAUAAAAGAAAAGGGGUUUCCUAUUUUGAGUCACUGUACUAUGUGGCCUUGUUUGUGCAUUUCUUAUUUACCAGAAACGUUUUUUUC